UAACACAGCGCCAGCCUGUCGUGAAAUCUGAAACUCCUAAAAGGUUCUGGAAGAUCAGAAAAAUAAAUAAAUAUGGAUAACGGAGACGAAUCGGAUAUGGUUAACUGCCCAUACAACAAGGAGCACAAAAUGUUGCGCAAGAAACUCCAGCAGCACAUCCUGAAAUGCCGUGUGAUCUACAAAGACACCGUGCAACUGAUGAUAUGUCCCUUUAACAAGGCCCAUUUGAUACCGGAGCCCGAGUUAUAUCAACACACCAAAUCGUGCGAGGAUCGCAAGAUUAUAGUCCAGUAUCAGACGAGUGCAGCUGCUGUACUAACGGAGGACACCAGACACGCCAAGAUUGAGUCCGAAGAAAACUGGGACGACGACGAAGAUGUGCCGGAUUACAAUCCGCAGGUCUAUUGUUCCCAGGCCAAUAUAGUGAGGGAACCGAAUGGACUGUUUCCCUCACAGCGAAAGGCUUUUAUCAAAGAGGAGAACCGUCGUAAAUUUGGCGACGAUUACAAGGAGGAGAAGAAGCCACCAAAGGCCAAGUCCCGUGUGGAGUCCCGUCCCGCUCCAUACGAUCCCAGGAUGCAUAACUCUAGGCGCCACUAGUUGGAAUCUAUCAAGUUAUCCUUCAAAUUUCAAUCUCAAAGCAAAAACCAAAGCUUAUCAAAGUGUCUUUUACUAACCUCACAAGUACAAACAAAAAUCAAAAAUCAACAUGUUGAAUCGCCAAUAAAAAUGGUUCAGAUUUCAGUGAAACAAGAAUCAAAGAAAA